AUGAGGCCCAGACUGCCCUCCUUGUUCCUGGUCCUGGUGCUGGCUGCCUCAUCCCAGGCACAGGAGAUGCUCCCCAAGGAAUCCCACAACAUCAACUGGAGCAAGUUUUCAGGGUUCUGGUAUAUUCUUGCCAUCGCCACUGAUGCCAAGGGCUUCCUGCCGAGCAGAGACAAAAGGAAAUUGGGGGCGUCCCUGGUGGAGGUCCACAAUACAGCUCAGCUGAAGGUGGUCAUUGCCUUCAGUAGGUCACAGGGCUGCCAGACGCUCAAGGUCACUCUGCGGAAGGACAACAAGAAGGCUGUGUUCAGGAACACCUUGAGAGGCGUCAAAGCCUUCCAAGUGCUGUCCACUGACUACAGCUACGGUGUGGUGUCCGUGCGGGUGGGCCGGGCUGGCCGUGAAUACAGGAACCUGCUGCUCUUCAGCCGGCAGACCAUGAGCAGCUUCCUGAGUAUCAGGGACUUCGUGGACGUAGCUGAAGCUCUGGAACUUCUGGAGACCACAACUAUCCUUCCGAAAGACGCCUCCUGCGCAAACACCAUUCUCCCAUGA